GACCGGAAACACUUCGUGGUGUUGGAGCGCGACUUCAGAAUCGUCAAGGUGUGGAAGGACCGGAAACACUUCGUGGCGUUGGAGCGCGACUUCAGAAUCGUCAAGGCGUGGAAGGACUGGACAAACCUCGUGGCACUGGAGCGCGACUUCAGAAUCGUCAAGGUGUGGAAGGACUGGAAAAUCAUCGUGGCACUGGAGCACGACUUCCAGAAUCGUCAAGGUGUGGAAGGACACUCGCAAGAGAAUCGUGAAGAGGAAAUCAUGAGUGUGAGGGUCCGGCAGAACACCGGCGGCGAGGGGAACAGCACAAGGAUUGAUCAGGUGUGCUGGGACCUUUGGGCCGGGCGAGAGGCUUGUGUGGCCUUGGUUGCGUCCAGAAUGAAACAGAACAGGUUGACUGCAGGUUCGAUGAGUGGCAGAGAAGACGAUCACAGCAGGGGA